GUUUGCAAAAGAUGCCAGGAAAUCAUUGAGUGGAAGAUAAAAUACAAAAAAUACAAACCUUUGUCCCAGGCCAAAACAUGCACCAAAUGUCAUAAUAAAGCUGUAAAGGAUGCCUACCACACAAUAUGUAUUCCUUGUGCAUCAAACAUGGAAGUGUGUUGCAAAUGUGGUAAAAAGGAAGAAAUUGUUCAGCACAAAGCACCAACAAAAACAGAAAAGGUGAGUUUCAGGACCCAAAGGGCUUGGGCCCUCUUGCUGAAUGAUCAGGACCGCACAGUGAUUCCAGACUCGAAAAAGGAUAAAGAUGGAAUCAAACUUCUUUACCUAUUCCAGUUGCAAGGGAUGCUCAUUUUCACCCAAUGUGACAAAAUGGUUCCAACAAAUAUGCUCAGUCCCCUAAAGGGAAGGGAAAAUAUCUCCUAA